AUGCCGUCGCACUCGGAUCUGGACCGGCAGAUCUCGCAGCUGCGGGACUGCAAGUUCCUGCCGGACGCCGAGGUCAAGGCGCUCUGCGAGCAGGCCAAGGCGAUCCUCAUGGAGGAGUGGAACGUGCAGCCCGUGCGCUGCCCCGUCACCGUCUGCGGCGACAUCCACGGCCAGUUCUACGACCUCAUCGAGCUCUUCCGCAUCGGGGGCGACACCCCCGACACCAACUACCUUUUCAUGGGCGACUACGUCGACCGUGGCUACUAUUCAGUGGAGACUGUUUCAUUAUUAGUGGCUCUCAAAGUUCGUUAUAGAGACAGAAUCACAAUAUUGAGAGGAAAUCACGAGAGCCGACAAAUCACUCAAGUGUAUGGCUUCUAUGAUGAAUGCUUACGAAAGUACGGAAAUGCAAAUGUCUGGAAGUACUUCACAGAUUUGUUUGAUUAUUUGCCUCUCACAGCUCUUAUAGAAAACCAGGUUUGUGUGUUUUGCCUCCAUGGUGGUCUCUCUCCAUCAUUAGAUACAUUGGACAAUAUUCGUUCUCUUGAUCGCAUACAAGAGGUCCCGCAUGAAGGACCUAUGUGUGAUCUUUUGUGGUCUGAUCCUGAUGACCGAUGCGGGUGGGGAAUUUCACCAAGAGGAGCAGGCUACACAUUUGGACAAGAUAUAGCACAACAAUUUAACCAUACAAAUGGUCUUAGCCUUAUUUCAAGGGCCCAUCAACUUGUGAUGGAAGGGUUCAAUUGGGCACAGGAGAAGAAUGUUGUCACAGUUUUCAGUGCGCCAAACUACUGUUACCGGUGUGGUAACAUGGCUGCGAUUCUCGAAAUUGGGGAGAGCAUGGAUCAGAACUUCCUCCAAUUCGAUCCAGCGCCGCGGCAAAUCGAGCCAGACACAACGCGCAAGACCCCCGACUACUUUUUGUAA